UGUUUUGGCUGUCUGUCCAGUCCAGUAUUAUUUCUGCAACUUCGCCUAUACGGCAGUGAUUUCCAGCCAGACAUGCAGCUACUUCAUACUUUAUUCUCUGGCACCGGCAGUGGGCGGAAUACAAAUCAAUCAAAAUAAAAGAAAUGUGGAGGUAUAAUGUGGCGUGAAUAAAGUCUCCUCCGAGGGUAACGGACAAGACCAAGAAUCAGCCCGUGUGAUACUGAUGCUGCUGCAACAUCUCUGGAGGCGAUGCAGGAGACGCGGUGCAGCAGAGGCUGAACAAGGAAGACGGUGUAGCCUAUAGGAGGAGACCAGACAGACUACUACAACCACUGAUUGAGAGAGACAGACAGAGAGGGGGGGGAGAGAGAGAGGAGAAACACGAGAGCUCACAAGAAGGAGGGGAAACAACCGACAUGCACAAAGAUCAGAUGAUCGCCCAGCUUCAGCACCACCGAUAGAAGACCCCAUCCUCCAGGCUUAAAAAAAAACAAAAAAACAAUAAACCUUAGUGGUGAUGGAUCUGCAUUCAGCUCUAAACAACAAAGUGACCAGAAUUUCAGUCAUGGCAAAGCUCAUCCUCUCCCUCCUGCUCCUGUGUGGAUGCCAAAAUAGCCUCUGUCUGUCCUCGUCAGAGGCUCCAAAGGAGUCGGGAGGCAACGACAACAGUACGGUGUUCACCAGAAUCCUGGAUGGGCUCCUUGAUGGUUAUGAUAACAGACUCCGGCCAGGGCUUGGAGAGAACGUCACAGAGAUCCAAACGGAUAUUUUUGUCACCAGCUUUGGCCCGGUGUCUGACACAGAGAUGGAAUACACCAUAGAUGUGUUUUUCCGCCAGAGCUGGAAGGAUGAGCGUCUGUGCUUCAAAGGGCCCAUGGAGAAGCUGCCGCUAAACAACCUGUUGGCCAGCAACAUCUGGACCCCCGACACUUUCUUCCUUAAUGGCAAGAAGUCGAUUGCUCACAAUAUGACCACGCCCAACAAGCUGCUGAGGCUGCAGGAUGAUGGCACUUUGCUCUACACUAUGAGACUGACCAUAUCAGCAGAAUGCCCCAUGCAGCUGGAGGAUUUCCCCAUGGAUGCACAUGCCUGCCCUCUCAAGUUUGGCAGCUAUGCCUAUCCAGUGUCAGAGGUGGUCUACAUUUGGACUCAGGGAGUUCCUAAGCCUGUGGUGGUGGCAGAGGACGGCUCCAGACUCAACCAGUACCAUCUUAUUGGGCUGACUGCUGGCACAAAAAACAUAAACACCAGCAGAGGACAGUAUAGAGUGAUGAUGGCCCACUUCUACCUGAAAAGGAAGAUUGGAUAUUUUGUCAUCCAGACAUAUAUGCCCUGUUUCAUGACUGUAAUUCUGUCUCAGGUGUCAUUUUGGCUAAACAGAGAAUCAGUUCCUGCGAGGACUGUUUUUGGGGUGACCACUGUGCUGACCAUGACCACACUCAGCAUCAGCGCUAGGAACUCCCUCCCUAAAGUGGCCUACGCUACAGCCAUGGACUGGUUCAUUGCCGUCUGCUACGCUUUUGUCUUUUCUGCCCUCAUCGAGUUUGCCACAGUGAACUACUUCACCAAGAGGAGCUGGGCCUGGGAUGGCAAGAAGGCCCUGGAAGCACAGCACCCCAAGAAACGAGACCCCAUGGUGCUGUCGAAAAAGCCCAACAACGUUUGCUCGGCAGGUGUCAACUACACCCCCAACCUCACCAAGGACGUGUCCAUCUCCACCAUCUCCAACACGACCUCGGUGCAACUGCGGGCCUCUGAGACCAAGAUGGCGGACCCCAAAAAGACCUACAAUAGUGUCAGCAAGAUAGACAAGAUGUCACGGAUAGUGUUCCCUGUCCUCUUCGGAACCUUCAACCUCGUCUACUGGGCCACUUACCUUAACAGAGAAACAAUGGUGAAAGGGGUUGUUGAAAGGUCUCUCUUCUGACAAACUAAUUAAAAACAAACAUCUGUGCUUGAAGGACAAAAAUAUACUCAAUUAUCUAAUUCAAGAACUUUGAAUAGAUGCAAGGCUGCAACAGAAUCUCUUUCCUGUUUUUCAUGGCCUAAAAAAACUGCUUGAUUGAAGAAAACAGCUUUUGUGUUGAUGAGAGAGCAGGCGCUUUGCUUCUUUCUCAUCCAUUCUGCUGCAGUUUGCAUGACGCAUUCCUCAAAAGGAAACCAUGGACUCUUCUUUGUCUUGACUACCAACCAUGUAUACAGUGCCUAUAAAAAGUAUUCACCCCCUGGGAUGUUUUACCUUUUUAUUGAUUUUAUAAA